AUGCUUCUGCGUCCGUAUCAACCUUCAACAUGGCUCUGUUUGGGGUUGAUACUUCUGUCAGGGACAGUGUCUUGGCACAUUGUGGGCGCUUUUGACAUCAAAUCUGUGAAAAGCCGAAGAACGUAUUUGGGACUCUCUGGAGACUACACUCGAAGUUUUGUGGAUGUGAUUCGAAUCAUCAUCACAGGAACCGCAUAUAUCAAGGUCAAUUUUCUUCCCAAGAGAAUGUGCCUCCUAUCUCUGUUAAUUCUAAGUCUCGUUAUAACAAAUGCCUACGCAGGACAAAUAUUGAGUUUCCUUACAACACCUACUUACUGGAGAGAUAUUAACACUUUAGAAGAGGUUGCUCUACAA